AUGAGAACUACUAGUGGUGAAAUAGUGGAGACUCUACCAAGAUCCUUUCAGGUACAUAGUAAAAUAUGCAUGGAAUUGAUGAGAAUAUUGGAUGAUAUCAUGAGGAUAUUUCCAGAUAUAGAGGAUGCAAGACCAAAAUGUUCAUCAGGAAUAGAAUCUCUGGUUUAUCUGAACAACUCAAUUCAGAAAGCUAAACUACUUCUACAACAUUGCUCUGAAUGUAGCAAACUCUACCUGGCAGUGACAGGAGAUACAGUACUUUUAAGAUGCCAAAAAGCAAAAAAGUCAUUAGAACAAAGCUUAAUUCCCAUUCAGAGUAUGGUUCCAGUUGUGUUGGCUGUUGAGGUUUCUAGAAUAGUUGAUGAUCUUGAGCGUGCUACAUUUGUUCUGGACUCUGCUGAAGAAUAG